AUGCCUUCCAUCAAGCCCGCCCUUCACCCUCUCAAGACCCCUCAGCCUAUGGUCUUCCCCUCCGAACUCCAAGGCAACCCCGAAACUGCCUCCAGUCUCUCCGGCAAUAACAGCGCCCGGCCUGGAGACGAGACUCUCUGCACGCCCAUCACGCCGCCAGCCGCCUACACGGAGUUCCUGAAGGCCUUCACCCCCAUCUUCUCGCCUGACAGCGCCAGAGGCGAGAAUGGCCGGUUCCGCUUCGACAAGCCGUUCGAGCGCAGCAACCCCCACCCCAAUGCCGCCGUCACUCACUACAUCAACGGCCUGAACCCCGGCGGCAUCAACACCAGCAACCCGACCAGCGCGCCUACCUCGCAGCCCGGCAGCGCCGUCAGCACCUCCUUCAACUCUAACGACCCUCCCAGGUCGGCUACCGCGUCGCUGCCACCCCCAACGCCCUACGGGGCUCCGUUCCCGCGGCGCGAUCCCCGAAACCUGCGCUCGCUGCGCAUCCCCUCGGGGCCUAUCCCGCCUCGCUACUCCCCCACCAGUAUGACCAUGAGUGCGGAGUCCCCGCGCAGUGCCACCAUGCUGCGCUCGCCGUACUCCCCCUCGGAUUGGAAAGCGCGGUACUACGAGGGCCCGAGGAGCGCGAAUAGCCGCGUCAGCGUGCGCCAUGUCAUCACUCAUACGGUGACGUAUAAGCGGACUCAGCUGGAGGAUCCGCCCAAGGGGAAGCGCAGAAAGAUCACGGAGAAGGUCACUGAGCGGGAAACUGUCAAGUCGGAAGACGAGGAUGAUGAAGGGGAGGAUGCGGAUUCGGAUGAUUCGGAGGAUGUUUGA